AUGUCCAUAAAGCCCCUCCGCGAGAAGAUCAAGCGAGUUUUCUCCCGCUCCGGUUCCCUCCCCACCUCCUCUCCGCCCCAAACAUCCAAAAACUCCAAGAACCAGAAAUCUAGCCAUCCCAAGAGCGGCUACUGGUCCAGGCAGGCUCACGGUCAUCACAAAAAAGGUGGAAUCAAACCAAGCAAGCCGAAAAUUGAGCUGUACAAGGCACACGAGAUACCACGGUCGAAAUACCGGGGCCCAUUCGAUGAAGCACAUAUCAAGCGGCUGGCCGCAUAUUCGAUACCAGGAGCAAUGUUGAGCGCGGAUCGGCCGCGGUCGAUGCUUUCAGAGCUCUCGCCGAUGGGCACGAGGGCACCACCGUCACGGAGAGGGAGUGUGACUAGUGAGGGCGGAAUUGUGCAGUACAUCGAUGGCGGAGUCGGUGCAACGAAUCAGUCGUAUCAUCUAAUGCCAUCGGACGGUGCAUCAGAUGCAAGAAUGGUUUCAUCCUCCCUGUUUGCUUCACCGCCAACUACGACCGCCAUUUCGGGACAACAGGGCGGUCUCGGUGGUGGUCCAAAUAGUAGUCACAGCACCGGCCCGCGAACACCACACCCAGUGGACGUAAACAUGAGUUCCUCCACUCUUCUCACCCUGCAAACUCAAGACACGCUCCCGACGCAGGCGGAGUCAGUCCUAACAAUCCCCACCAUCAACCCCAAUCAGGUUUCGGAGGCAGAAAAGGAAGCUGUGUCACCACCGUCCAUGUCGCAGCCCGUCUCGCCGGCGGGACUCUCGAGUGCAUUGAAGGCGAUAGAGCUAAGAUAA